CUGAGCAGUGUCUCUCCCGCUUUUCUCCUACCAUGUGGUGGAUUCAACUAUGAGCAAGGUGAGAUGAGGUGAGCUGAGCAUGACUGUCGUGAACCAGAAGAUAGGCAACGGGUCCUGCCGCGGAGGUUUAGCGAUAGCUUCAGGGCGGCCAAGCCGGACAAAUACGGAGUUGAGCGGAACAGCUGGCUUCGGCCAAUCUACACUAAACGGCCAAUCGGGUGAUUUGCGCGCGACGUCCAUCGUGGUCCGAACCUACCACUACUCACUCUACUCCUCCUCUUUCUCGUCCCCUAUAGCCUUAUGGAAUAUCGUCGAUAGUCGCUGUAUGAUCAGCCUUGCACGGCGACACAUUCGCAAUUAUUGCAUCCACGCACUGGGCUAUCCACCACCACCCAACCGAAACAGGCCGUUCUUCGACGCCGCAUCGGGCACUUGGUUCCUGCGCAAGACCAAGUCUCCGGGUCGAACCCCUUGCGAGGUUUUACGAUCCAGUCCGUUACACAAAUUGGUCACAGACGGACAACACGCGGAGUGUAUACCACCAGCAAUAGCACAAGAAGAGAAGUGAUCGGCGAGCGCAUGGCGUCAAGUACCCAGUGCAGCUACCCAGUGAGAUUGU